UCGCCGCUGUCGGUAUAUGUUAAUGGCAAAGCGGAAUAAUGCCAAGCGUAUAGCGUUUCAAGCGCGACGGUAACAAAAACAAAAUAUAUUUACGCAAAACGAACGUGUGAAUAAUACAAAAAGAAAAGCAAAAAAAAACAAAAAACGACUUAAACGAAACGAUGUUGUUCUUGGCACGCAUAUACACAUAAACUAAGUCGCAGUGAAAAAAUUUUGGACUGCUUAUGAUGUGUUUGUGUGUGCGUGUCGUGCGAAGUGUAAGUGAGCGGAAGCGCGAAGCGAUUUUCAAAAGGAAAUUGAACCAAAUUCAAUUGAAGUGCUUUGGGUGAUAAAAAAAGAAUUGAAUAAGGAAAAUGUAAAAACGUACAUAUAUAUUUAUAUAAAUUUACAUUUAAUUAACGAAAAUAUAUUUAUAUAUAUUUGCCCAUAAAAGUAAUUAAUAUACUUAAAAAAAAAAGGUUGCAAUGGAAAUUGUGCGUGCAAAAAGGAUAACACAAAGAGAAUAUGUCAAAUAUAAAAGAGCCUUUGUUCACCUAAAAGUCGCGACCAGCUGUGUAAGGCGUCUGAAAUUAACUGAGCCCCAUGAAGAUGAUUGUCGAAGUAAAGAGCAAAUGAAAUGAAUACGUGAAAAGUGGUGCAAUCAAAUUUAUUACCAAUUUAAAUGGACAACAACAAUUAUUGGCAUCAUAAAAGUAAAGCAAAUAAAAAACGUAAAAAGCAACAAAACUCGACCGUUAACGUUGUGAGGAGAUAACUCCACAAUAGCGCUGAGGCCAAAAUGUUGCUGAUGCCGUUGGUUAGCCAAAUGUGUUGUUGUUGGGUGCGAGUGUGAAAUCGAAACGAAUGUGUAAGCAGAGGAAAAAUGCGUUUGCACGGCAAUAAACGCCAAAAAUUAAAACAGCAACAACAACAACGGCAACAGCAACUACAUUAUAGCAACAAUAAAAACGACAAGAACGUAAAAAUAGUCGAAGGAGCAGAAGUAAAUCAACGAAUUUGUGACAACGAGCACCCACUGCAUGUAGAGCAACACGAACUACAGCAUAAAGAGCAGAGAAUAGGGCAGCAGCGGCAGCAGCAACGAAUUGAGGGAAAACAGAAAGAAGUUGACUAUUUAAGCUGUGUGGCGCCAGCGUUAGUGAGUGACAGUCAGAAGGCCGCUGCAAGUAAAUAUCCACACUCAGAAACAACCGAAAGAACUGCAGCGUUUAUAACUCGUCAACGCAAUUCAGCGCUCUCAGCUGCAGCCAGGUCACUUCAUACCAGACCGUUGCUGCUGCAAGCCGUGCCACACUUUCUCAUACUCCUCGCUCUUUGCUGCACGAUGCCACCGCAAGUGCAAGCCGAUUGGCUAAUGGAUUGUGGCGACUGCCUUUGCAAGUGGCAAUCGGGUAAAAAGACUGCAGACUGCAAAAAUCUCACACUUAACGCAGUGCCGGAGAAUCUAAGCAACGAGGUGCAAGUGCUCGAUCUCUCCUUCAAUCGCGUCGCGAUACUCGAACAGAAUGCCUUCCUCAAUGCUGACCUACAUAAUCUACACAAACUCUUCAUGCGCAAUGCCUCGCUGCAGCAGAUCGAUCCGCGCACCUUUACACAGCUGGAAAUUCUCAUUGAAGUGGACCUGUCAAAUAAUCUACUGCGUAAUCUGCAGGCAAAUGUGUUUGCGCGUCUGAUUAAGGUGCGUGCGAUUGUGUUGAAUGGCAACCUCUUGGAGUCGCUCUCAGAUGGCGUCUUCCAAAAUCUCAAGUACCUGCAUAAGGUCGAGUUGAAAUACAACCGACUGACGCGCAUCGGUCAGCAGUCCUUCAACAAUGUGCCGCUCCUUUCGCAAAUCUAUUUGGAUGGCAAUCGUUUAAAUUUCCUGCGGAAGGAGUCCUUUGAAUCACUGAAACGUCUUACCGCGCUCUCAUUAGAUUCCAACCCCUGGAAUUGUACAUGCGAACUGCAAAUAUUUCGUGACUUUGUGCUGAAGCGGAAUCUUUAUACGCCACCUACAGCUUGCUAUUACCCCGUACACCUGCGCGGCAUGUUAUGGGUGGAGGAUCAGCCAGAGGCGUUUGCAUGUAAGCCGCGUAUCAUAUUUCCGGCACGUGGCGCAUCCGUCAGCACGUCAAAAGAGAAUGUGACGUUAGUGUGUCGUGUUCACGCUUCACCGAACACAGUCAUCACUUGGGACUACAAUAGACAACAAUAUCGCGCCUCGACCAACAAUAUCGGCAGCAGCACUGGCAGCAACACAGUGCCCACCAACAGCGCCAGUGGCGUCAGCUGUUGCGGCAAUGGUCAAGCACAACGUUUGCAUAUACAACUGCUGCGUGAUGAGCAGACGAAGGAGAAGGAGUUCGGUCGUGAUGUGUUCAUCUCACGUCUUACACUUGUAGCGGCGGAGAAGAGCGAUGAGGGUGUAUAUACGUGCGUAGCGGAGAAUGCCGGCGGCAAGGAUGCAGUGCAAAUCAAUUUACUCGUGCAAAGACCGAGUCCACGCGAAUUGCUGCUGCAGGGCAAUGUCGUUGUUGCUGCUUCACUUAUGGCGUUGGGCUUAAUCGGUGUGUCCGUGUUGCUUGCACUCACCACCUGCUGCAUUUACAAACGCUUCAAGGCAAUGAGCCCUACCAGUCUACGGCAUCAUCAUCAUCUCGAUGUGGCGGGCCAAUUGACGCCCGGCAUGGAUGGUCAGCAUACGACGACGACUACAGUGGCUGGUGGCACGGAUGUGGUGCUCGGUAUGGAGGAUGCAGUUGGAAGUUAUAAGCAUCAUUUGCAAAAGAAAAAUGCCAAUGGUGAUGUGAUGGAGGGAAAGGGUGUCGGUGGUGGUGGCAUGGGUGUAAACAGCGGUAAAUACUCAGAGGUGAUAAAACAUGGCGUGACUGUGAUGGAUAAUGGCGGAAUGCUGUCGAGCGUCGGCAGUCGAGGAGGCCGAAUUGAUGGCACCAGUGCGCACGGUGCUGGCCAACUGGCGGACAAAAUGUAUUUGGAGCGAAGCAAUGAAGAUGCGCUCCACAUCAAGUACCCGCAUGGACCGUCCGCAGUUGAAAUAAAUCGUCUGCUCAAUGCAACAUCUACAACAACAUUGGACAUGACUUCCAGUGGCAAAGGUGGGCACGGCGGCAGUGGUGACGGUCUUGGCGGUGGCAAAUGGCGCACGGAAGUUCAAAUUACCGAAGGCCACCUGGGCGGCGGCGGGCGUGCUGGUGAAUAUCAACCUGACCUGCUGCCCGCAUACAGCACCCACAAAGCAGUCAACAAUAGUUGUAGCAACAGUAACAUUAAUGGUCAUGCCAACAAUGUGGCCAGCAAUCAGCAAGGACAGCUUUAUAGUCCGAUAAAAGCAACGAGGACAAUAAAUCUGCACGAUGACCAGCAAAUGUCACAGCAACAACAACAGCAACAGCAACAACAACAUCCAACACAUCAACAACCAAUUGUGGCCAAGAGUAAAUAUAAUAUUAGCGCGCAAGAAUAUCUGCAGUCCAGGUACGGCGCUGCCAGCAAACCCAACGACAAGACAUUGCGUCGCGGUGAGGUGAUUGCGGUGGCGACGACGAGCAUUGCGCUGAACACCACUGGUUCCUUGCCAACGACAACUGUUAGCGCGUCAAGUGGCGCGUCGCCACAAGCGGAAAGUGGCUUCUCAACGUUGCAACGACAUAGUAAAUCAGUCGCGUUGCCAGCGCGCACACCCACCGAUACACACCACGCGACGAGCUAUGGCUACGAGUAUCGUCAGCCACCACCACCACCCUACAAUUCUGCGCAUCGGACAGCGAGCGGCUUGCAGCUGCUGCAGCGUCGUACCAGCAUCAACAAUGAACAAUGCAACGAACAGUUGAAUUCGAUGAAGGAUCUGGGCUAUCGGGAGACUUUCGGUGGUGGUGGUGUUGGUGUGGGUGAUGGUGCGCGUCAGACUAUUGUGACAGCAUCCUCCUCAUUGCAAUUCCUCACGACUACCGGUUACGGUGGUAAUGUGGCGCCCCAACGGCAACUACUUUGAUUGUCAGCGCAAGCGGGUGUCUUGGGAUAGAAAAUUGGGCGGCUGCUUUAAGCGGCAACCAAAGCUUGAGAAUUUGUACAGGCGGUUAAGAGUUGGACUAAG